AUGCAUGAGAGCAAGAUUGGUGUCGUUUUGUAUGGUGGUGGUCUAGUGGAUCCCCGAGGAUAUUCGGUCCUAGCCGAGCGUUUGGCGAGUCGGUAUGGAUUCCACACGGUCAUUCCAAUCUUUGCAGCCGACGUUGCCUUUGCUUUUGGGACUUGCGACUCGGGACGUUUGGACAUGGCCAAGGCGGAGUUCCCACUAGUCGAGAAGUGGGUACUGGCAGGACAUUCCUUUGGAGGAGUGUCAGCUGUGGUCGAUUCUUGGAGCCGCUUCAACCGUGGUGAUGAAGCCUUGGGUGGAGUCGCGCUAAUGGCAGCUGACAUUCAGCAAAAUUUAGGCUGUGGCGAAAUUGACUUUUCCAACAGUACCCUUCCCAUGACCUCUAUCAGUGGUGCUUUGGAUGGAGUGUUGAACAUGACUCGAUACGCCGCCAAUCAACAGUUUCUGUCGCCAGCGACACAAAGUCUGGAUAUCUUUGGUGGAAACCAUGGAAACUUUGGUUCCUACGAUGGCUCGGAACGAGUAGCCGUCUUGGGACCAGGACAAAACGAUGGGACUUCCUUGAUUGCCCCAGAGAUUCAAUGGGACUUGUCAGUGGCUGCCAUUGCCCAUGUAGCCUCGAGAAUGGGUGUGGAAAUGCCAAUCAAGCUAUCCAUGGAAGAGGACGAUACGAUGAUGAACAACGAUACAAGUGGCAAUAGCACCACCGAGUGUGAUUGUCCCAGUCUUGGUAGCAAUGGUACCAAUUCCAGUGAUACAAGCACUGCCUUUGGACUCAGCCCAGCAGGUGGAGCUACCAUGAGCAAUCCAAUCUUUCUGACUGUUUUGUUGCUAGCUUGGCUGUUCAAGCAAAACUAA